UUAUUGAAGCCUGAUCCCGUCAUUUCUUUUUCUCAGACGCUAUCGUGGGGCGGUCAAAUGGACGGAACCAGACUCCACUAGCACUUCUUGACACGUCCUGCUUGUACUUUUCCGUGGUUGCGCCUUGGGAGGCAAACGCAAAACGUGCAACAAGAUUGAUUGGAUUCGAGUUGCCAACCGACAUCUCCAGCCAAGCUGUUGUUCGCCGUCCGGUCGACGACAGCGACCGGCCCCCGAAUUGGAUGGACGGGAUACUCGUCGGCGGGGACUGGUUCCCGAGACCUAAUACCUCCGCAAUCCUAUUCGAAAAACAUGUGGAAGUGUUCAUCGACGGGCCCCGCACCAGACAAUUUCGUACUUAUUUCUAGCGGAAGUGGCUCACGGAUAUCAUCUCGCUGCCGCUCCAUUCCAUGUCAGAUCACUUGCAUAUUCUGCUCGUCACCUUUCCUGCGUGGGGCCACAUCCGCCCUCUCUGCGCCCUCGGCAGUCGGCUGGCUGCGGCGCAGCCGAAUGUGCUGGUGACCAUCUUCACGACGGCCGCGUUCUACGAGAAGAUAUGUGCCGAGGUUGAGGGGCAUUUCCUCACCGAUAAGGAUGGUUGUUAUUCUCAUAUCCGCGUGGUCUCUAUCGUCGAGGCAACAGCGAUUCGACCCUCGGAGCUGGUUGGACGAUUCGGUGAAGCAUAUCCAGCGGCGUAUGAGCGCCUGUUUCGUGGGGAGGAGGUCAUCUGCACGAGGACGGGUAUCGUCGGGGGCACGAUCCCUCCCCCCCGGGCCAUCAUCAUGGACUUUUUCUCGGUCAUGCAACUGCAUCAGACACGCGCCAUCAGUGGACCCUGCGUCCCGAUUUUCACACUGGCGUCGUGCAGCACCGCUGCUCUGGUUCGCCUAUUCGGGCCUGAGGAAAUUGGUGGGUUGGGCGAUUUUGGCGCGAGGACAGAUGCGGAGGCUUUGCGGACGGGUAAGGUAAAUCGACAGCGGAGAUUGGAGAUCAGGUACAUCUUCAAACAUACAGAUGGUUCGGUCAUUCGCCUGCCCGGUAUUCCUCCGAUGUAUGAUUAUGAGUUUUUCCCGCAGACGCUACCCUGGGAUAUACCCAUGGCCCCCAUAGUAAGGGCUGGCCACGAAAUGUUUACGCGUUGCGACGGUGUGCUGAUAAAUACUUGUCGGGCAUACGGUUCCGAGACUCUAGAUGCUCUAGAAUCCUGGGUAGUCUCCUCCCUGGAAAAACCGCUCUUCCCAGUGGGACCUCUUCUCCCGGCGACACACGGCCGAGAUGCUGACUGCGAGAAUUUCCUGGAUAAUGCUCUGGCUACCUCCGGCCCUCGUUCAGUCGUCCUGAUCUCAUUCGGAACCCUCUUUUGGCCGCGAGAUACUGCUCAUCUCGAACAGCUAGUGGAUACAUUGAUUGAGAUGAAUUUCCACUUUAUCUUGGCGCAUGCAUCCUUCGCAGCGCGAGUUCCACACUCGCUAACGGAGAGAAUCGCUGCCUCGCCGCUUGGAAUGUCGACUGCUUGGUGCCCCCAACAACUGAUCCUCACGCACGCAGCAACAGGAUGGUUUGUCACACACGGCGGCCACGGCGGGAUCACCGAGUCGCUCUCAGCUGGGGUGCCGAUGAUCGUGUGGCCGUUUGACGGAGACCAGCCCACGGCCGCAGUCCUGCUCUCGCAGGUUCUCGACGUCGCCUUCCACCUCAUCGAGAUCCGAUCGGGUGAGAACGGGAUGCGCCCUAUGUAUUCCGGCCAGCAGCCUUCCGGCGCGGUCAAGGAAGAGUUUGCGCGCGUUUUGGCCGCCGCGAGAGAGGGAGAGGGCUUGCGGAAAUGGGAAAACGCGCGCAAGCUUGCGACCCAGUUUAGGCUUGCCUGGACAGAGCAGGGUGAGGCGACCAAGACAAUCGCGUCGUUCCUGCGGAAGAUUUCCCUGUAGUUGACGCGCUGUCAUCAUGCGGAGGGGCUUCCGCAGGUGACUCACGCGAGAUGUGUGGCUGCAGGUACAUACGCAUACAGGGCAUGGCUCCCCGCUGUAGAAUACUUUACACGCUGGACGCACAAAAGUCUUUAUUCCCAGUCCACUGGAAAGUGACCCAGGAGUCCAGGAUAGCUUCUAUCGGACGGCGGGGCAUAACACCAUCCUCUGUGGUCGCGAACUGAACCAGUGUGAAAUAAAGCACGCGCAUAUCCGCCUCCAUAGCUUCAGCGUCCGCGAUACUGAGUUGGGCAAUCUCGGAGAGAGUACGAGAAAUAGUCGAGGCAUCAUCGUCGGAGAGUGUCCUUCACGGGCGAUGAAUGAAGGCCUCCAGCGUCCCUCGAGAUACGAGCAAGGGAGCGAUCAACGCCAGAAGAACCCCCGGCCGAAAUCCCUGAGUCUUCGCGGUCGCUGUAUGCGCCGAAGCUGCCCAUUUCAGAGACCUCCCCCAGCUUCCUCCCAGCCUGGAUGCUCCGCGCCUUCCCCCUCUGCUAUGGCCUCCCAUCCAGACCGUCGGCGUCGUGCAGCCCGUACGUAUCGUGCAACGAAGCGACCGGCGCGGUCGUAUGCCUGCUUCCUGUGCUGUCCGUGUGACCAACGACUGGGCUCCAGCCAGUGUCCGUGUGUGUCUGCGUUGUCGGGCGUUCCGCGAACGAUGAGGCGGCGGUUUGAAAGCGUGUGCGGGGUCCCUGGUCCGCCACCCUCUAGAGUCGACUCGAUCGGUGCAUGUGCCGUUCCCGAUGCUGUGGCCUGCAGAGCAUCGUGCGCCUUGCCAGGAGCUGAGCUUCAGGAACAAGAACGGGGAAGGUGAUCGGGUGACAUCAACUGGUGGGGCGACAGUGUGCCGUAGAAAGGUUGGCAAGAGUUGCACGAGGUUGGAUUGCAGGGUGCCAACCAGACGACGCGAAUGGAACAGAGAGGAGAUAGUACAACGUAUGAGAUAUUUUGAGACGUUGUACAGGGCCAAUAAGACGUAAGACAAGGAUAUCAGGAGUGUAACGGGAACUGAGUUGUUGGGGCGGGCAAAACAUGAUUCGACCCAGGUUCGAACUGAGGACCGCCUGUGAACAAUUCCGAAGAAUAUGUUAGACAGAAGUGAUAACCAACUACACCAUC